AUGGUCGCUCUAGACCUGCAGAAUGGUCGUGCAGCGUCUUUCAGCAGAACAAAGUCUGCCAUCAACCGCCAGCAGAGUCUUGAAGUGACGCAGUUCCUUCUUUAUGGCGGGUUGAGUAUGCUUUCUUGGACAAGGAACUUUUUCCAUGAAAAGGCUUUCAAGCGACUGGUCUAUUGCACGCUUGACCAAGCCCCAAUGUAUCAAGACUACAUGAAUGGCGAGGCUCCAAAAGAUUACGGUGGAAAACCACGUAUCAUUCUAAACGCAUUGCAACGCAAGCGCAGUCGACGGGCAGAUUUGUUUCUUGACUGGAUGGAACAUGGAGUAUUUCCUGCACUGCAGUUUUCCCAGCUUCACUCGAUACAGAUAUACGUGCACGCUGACGGUACCGAUCGCGAGAAAGUCAUCGAGACAUACACGUUUUCGAUUCAAUAUCGGAAGGAUGGGAAGAGCGGAGCCACAACGCCUGCGGCUUUGCAUCUGGAUAGCCCUGGGUGUAACAUCUCACUUGAGGCAUCAAUAGUUUCCAUGAUGCUUUCGAUGCAACAAAUGCGUCGAGUGGUAACACGACUUCCUGAUCUUCCUGCCACCCGAUUCGUGUCAAUGAGACUUUUACUCAAUGAGAAUGCCCCUGUCAAGUGCGAUUUCCUGAAUUUCGAAGAAACGCCAGAUCGCGAGAUGGUCUUCGCUACAGCCGCAGGGUGGUCGAUGAAUACUGCCGCGAUGGACAAAGUACAUUCCAAUUUUCAUAGGUAUGGAGGAGACACAUUAUUCCGUGACAUUGGCGACCUACUAAACGUGACUAGCACAACGAUGAAGGUGACGCAUUUGCAGCACCCUUCUGUCGAAGACUCGGUAGAGCUGGACAAGGUUCCAGCGAUACCAUCAGAACUUCAUUACACUGUGCCCAUCAGAGGAAGCAAAGAAGCCACAGGUACUGCUUCAACACCGAGGGACGAUGUUGGAAUGAAACAGAUGCUGCGCGGGAUGAUGGAACCAGAGAUCCUGACACAAGGCGACACUCAAGCGCAGUGUAUGGCACAAAACAUGUCGGAGGUCAAGAUUGAACUCCUGCCAGCCACAGUUAUUCGGAUACAAACUUCACGAGCACAAGCUCAUGGCGACAGCUUUGAUCAGAGCGACUUCGAGCAGCACAUUAAGACCAUGGCAUUACGCCGACGGGCCAUGAGCUUUGCUUUGCAAAGCGGCUUGAGGACGAAAACAAAUUUUGCUAAGAUCAUGGAUAUUGAUCGUAGCACCUCGGAUCCGAUCUUUGAAUAUCUUCGAAAGCAAGCCCUAGUCAUUGAAGCCUCUGGAUCGCACAAACCUGGCUUUGCAGCCACAGGGAAGCCCAAUCUGGUGCCGAAUACAGCCGCUCUCAACAAAAUCGUGCAGCUUUUGUUCAAUCCCCUUACUGGAAUCGAAGCCUAUCAUGCGAACAGAUCUGACAUCGAUUCUACGACGAUGCUUGAAGUCGGGAAGCAGCUCCUUGCGUUUAGGGCCAAGACGAUGCCGCCUCCAGCAACGCCAGCACAGUCACUUCGGAUCACAUCAGCGACUCCACUGACUAGCCUUGAUCUGCGGCAAUCCGCGACACCACUCGCCACGCCCAUGCGAGCUGGCAAGAAGCGAAAGUCUGAUAAUGAAAACAGUGAAAUGCAAAGCAAUGAGCCGCAUGUGUGGCACGUCAAGAGCAUCCGUUCGAAGCAACUCCUGAACGUAGACGGACUUUCAAGCAGCCCUUUCUCCUAG